GAGAGCUGCGAGAGCGAACACAUCCGACUGCCUGCGCGCUGCGUUAGCUCCUCACGACUUGUCAGAAACUUUGAGUGGCGGAGGAGGCAGAGAAAAACAAAUAUUAAGUUUUAGCAGCUGCUCGGGCGGAUAUCAUGAACGCGCUUUCCCCUUAAGAGCGGCCGGGGACAGUGAGCCGAGCACCGCGGCGGUCCGCUUGAUUAAGUUAACGUGAAUGGCGGGGUUUCAUCUCGUCUCUCCCGACGCCAGUGGACUCCGAGAGAGUAAGCUGGGUUGUAGCUAACCCGAGAAGUUAACAGAAAGAGGGUUGUUUGUUUCCGCGGGCUAACGUUAGCUUUGUCUUCAUUUUUUAUUUUAUUUUUUAACCCUUUCUGGAUCCUGUUAUCAUGACGCCUGACCUCUUGAACUUCAAAAAGGGAUGGAUGUCAAAACUGGACGAGAGCGGCGAGUGGAAGAAGCAUUGGUUUGUUCUGACGGACGCAGGCCUGAAGUACUACAGAGACUCGAGUGCAGAAGAGAAAGACGACUUGGACGGGGAGAUCGACCUGAAGUCCUGCGUGAAGGUGUCAGAGUUUGACGUGGAGAAGAACUAUGGGUUUCAGAUACAGACACGUGAGGCCGUAUUCACACUUUCUGCCAUGACUGCUGGGAUCAGGCGGAACUGGAUCGAGGUUUUGAAGAAGUGUAUCCGACCCAGCAGCUCUCCAGACCUCACACAAUUACCCGACAGCAGCAGCGACAAGGAAAACUCCCAUUCUCGCUUCUUGACGUCCUCCCGUCGGGCGUCAUCGCGACACGGCGACAGUCAGUCGGACGGUCCGACCUCCGCCCCUCCGACUCAGCGCAGGUUCGACUACGUUGAGCUGUCCCCCGUGCCCGCCUCCUCCAGCCCUCUACCGGCCAGUCAGAGAGAAGCAGGGGAGGGCCAGGGGAGGGAGCACAGCCAAUGGCAGGAGGAGAGGAACACCAGCAGCCAGUGGGAGGCUUUGCUGUCCAGGAAGGGCGGCGUGGGCUCGAACCAGAGGCUACGCAUGGAGGACGAGAUCGAGAAGAAGUGGGCCGAGUUUGAGCGGAUGCCGUGUAAGGAGAUGAGCUCCUCGCUACCAAUGGGAUUACGGUCUUCCAGCCAGUCAGCCGAUGAGGCGCUGCAGAGGGAGGUGGCGUCACUGAGGCAGCAGCUGGAGCAACUACAACGGGGGGGAGGAGGGGGAGGGCGAGGCGGGGGAGGCUGCGGCCCUGAGGCGCCCUGCGGCCGCAGCCUGGCGGCCAUGGAGCGCGCCCAUCGGCAGGCGCUGGAGGAGCUACAGAGGCAGCACGAGCGCCAGAUGAAGGAGCUGGAGACGGAGAAGGACAGGCUGCUGCUGGAGGAGACGCAGGACACCGCACGAGUGAUGGAGGCUUUGAAGAAGAAACACAGAGAGGAGCUGGAGAGGGAGGUGGAGAAAGUCAAGAGGCUGAGCAGCGGGGUUCUGGACUCGCACACUCUGCGAGCCCAACAGCAGGCAGAAGCUCAGACCUUGCAGAGGGAGCUGUCUGGACUGUCAGAGCGCUACUCUCAGAAGUGUCUGGAGCUGAACCGGGCCGAGCAGAGCAACGCUGAGCGAGAACGGGAAAUCAGCCGCAAGGAGAGAGACAUGGAGCAGCUGAGGAAGGAGAACCAGGACCUAAAGACCCGUUUGACGGAGGAGUUCACCCGCAUGCGAUCCACCAUCACGGUUCACGGCUCAGAGGACAGGAUACCCUGUGAGCUCCAGGUUCUUCUCAGGAUGAAAGACAACGAGAUCGAGUACCUGCACAAAGAGAUCAGCUGUCUGAGGAACGAGUUGCAGUUUCUCAACCUGGAAAAACAGCUGGCCUGCGAUCGAUACGCCGAGGUGCACGAGGAGCUGAGCGGGAUGAAAGGCCGAAACGAGCGAGAGAUUCAGAGUCUGAAGGAGCACUUGAGGCUGGCGAUGGCUGCUCUGCAGGAGGGCCAGAAGCUGGGAAACAGCCUGGACCACUGAGAGGCUGCUGCUGGUACUGAUGCUCUGGCAGGUGCGUCUACGCUUUCAGUCGAAGAAGAGAUGCAGAAGAACAGAGGAGAUGCUUCCAGCCGUGUGGGGGACCUCGAUCAUGCCUUAGUUUUCAAUCAUUCUGCCAACGAGCAGCGUAGAGUAGCCAUUAGCUGGUUUCAUUACACUGGGCCACACCUGAUAUAUAAAACUGCACUUUUAAUUGUUUUUUUGUUUUUUUUAAUUUUAGCUUUUGUGAGUGCAAGCGUGUAUGAGUACGCAUUUGGUCCAAAAACUGGAAUAUUUGUUGAGUGACUUGUUUUUUUCUAAUAUCAGGUAUUGUAGAUAAGAGUUCAUACUGUAUCAGCUUUUGUAGUUGGAUAAGCUUCUCGUUGCCUCUCGUCUGCUGCCUGAGACAGCCGGCGUCGGAAGAGCUACUGUCGUCUCAGUUUCCUGUUGUACAGUUUUUAAGUCGUGUUUACUUUGUCAUGACGGCACACUUUUCUUAAGACAUGGGAGCGUUUCAUUUACUGUAAUUGUUUUGUUUUUUUUUUUACUUGCAAACAAUUUAUGUUCUAUUGUAUUUGUGAAUACAUAUUUUUUUUGGAGAAAAUAUUUUGGGAUUAAAACAGGACAAGACAGCAAGAAAUUCUAAUUCCUGGCUGAAUUGGAAAUUGAUCUAUGAUCACGUAGAAGCAAAUUCGGGCUCAGCUUUCUUUGGGAUGCUCGCAGGAAGCUGUUGAAUGAAUGUUGUCCCACGUCACAGAUGUCUAAGCCAUGGCUGAGAACUCCCGAGCUUUAAGUCUCCCCUCAUCGUUCUGGGCAUACGCAGCAUGUGCCACCACCUCCCCCACCACAGAGAACAGGUGUUGCAUCAAUGAGCCAAUUUUUUUUAUUAUUGAUAAUAUGUAUUGUGAUAAAAUGACUUAUCUACUUGCCUUUUGAAAGCAAUUUCAUAUUUAAUGUACUUUAGAGCCUGUUGUAUCUUCUUUGUAAAUUAUACACAUUUUUGCAAUCAAUUAAAAAAAAACAAACGUCCUGCAGUAAAA